GGUUUAGGGUGACCCAUAUGUCAAUUUGGGAAAUAAACUGCAACAUUGUUUCUCGGCCCGGUAGAAUGUAGCGAGCAUCGAUCGGUUCACUGACUAGGAGCACUCUCACUCUACACGAGGACAACUUACUCACGCUUGGCACCAUGCGCCUACUGUCAACCAUCGUCGCUUGCCUAGCGCUGGCGGGACUCGUAGCGAGAGGUUCUGCCCAGGACCAGUCCUUCAGAGAGGAGCCAGACUCUGUUGCAGUCAGACAGGGAGAGACUGUGACGCUGACGUGUGCAAUCGACAAUGUUGCUGGGAUAGUACAGUGGACGAAGGACAACUUCGCUCUGGGCUCGGACCGUGCUCUGCCGGGGUACCCCCGGUUCACCAUCACCGGGGACGUGAACAGAGGCCAGUACAACCUCCUGGUACAGGACACCCUGCUGGAGGAUGAUGGCACGUACCAGUGCCAGGCCAGCCCCACCGAGACCCAGCAAGGGAUCCGCUCACAAAAUGCGCAGCUCACCAUUUACCUUCCUCCUGACAACCCCGUGAUAGAAGAGGGAUCCUCGGUGUCAGUCAUUGCAGGACAGCCAAAGAACGUCACCUGCCGAGCGGACAACGGCAAGCCCGCUGCCACACUCACCUGGUGGAAAGAUGGCCAGGAGAUCACUGAGGGUAUCACAUACAUUACUGAGGAUGCUGGGGAGAAGAGGAAGAAUGGGGUUAGCAUCUUGACCCUGAACCCAUCAGUAGAUGACCACGGAAAGGUCCUGACUUGUCAGUCCAGCAAUCCCGCCAUGGAUGCAAACAAGGAGACAACCACACAGCUGAAUGUGGAACACACACCUGUGGUGGUGGUGCAGUCCGACCCACCGUUGGUGGAGGAGGGCAGCUCAGUCAGCCUGUCGUGUGAAUCCAGGGCUAACCCUGGAGAGGUACGAUCCUCAUCUGGUUCCAGAAAUGACGUUAACUAUCAGUGGAAGAAGAACGGUGUGGUCUUGGCAGGUGAAAACGGCCAGGUGCUUCGGCUGAACAACGUACGUCGGGAGGACAACCUGCAGGUCUUCACGUGUGAUGCUACCAACGCAGUGGGCACCAACAGUGCCAACAUCACACUCAGUGUGCAAUAUGGACCAGAACCUUUGAAGACGACCGGACAGGUGAUCGUGGACAGGGGCACCUCGGCGACCCUGGUGUGCAAGUGGAGCGGGAACCCCUCGCCCACCAUCAUGUGGACCAAGAAGGGCUCGUCCUCGGUGCUGGGCACAGGGGACACGCUGACCUUCCCCAUCGUGGACCAGAGCCACUCCGGCACCUACCAGUGCACCGCCGUGGUGCCCGGCUCAGGGGAAGAUUCCAGAGAGGUGGUCCUGAUCGUCAACGGCCCUCCCAUAAUCUCCAGUUUUGAAGUGCAGUAUGCCUCCAGUGGUGAUGAAGGUCAAAUCGAGUGCCUGUCCUCCAACAGCCCCCCUCCCUCCCGCAUGGCAUGGACAUGGAAUGGUAUUAUGUUGGAUACGGGCACAGAAGGCCGCUUCACAGCCGAGCAGCGCGAUGUGCAUGGGGGAAGGCUAAGUGUGCUCACUGUCUCUAAAGUGCAGGCUGGCGAUUUUGCUGAGUACAACUGCACGGUGUGGAACAGACUAGGGUUGACGUCCAAGAUUAUCACACUGAGACAGAAAGAGCCACUCCCUCUGGCAGCUAUUGUGGGAGGUGCAGUCGCAGGGCUGGUACUGAUCCUGGUGAUCGUCCUGCUGGUCUUUGUGUUCUGUCACAGGCGAAGAAAGAAGCAAGGUGCCAGCAAUGAGUCCAUUACACGCUUGGAAGUUCGAGCAGAUGGCCAGGAGACCCCGCCCAAGGAGAAGGUAGAAAUCAUCCACAGGGACCACGAGGCUGCCAAGGACAAGGUUCCCCCUCCCCCUCCUCAGAGAAAAUACUACAUCACAGCUGACUAUGAUGAUAGGGACUACUCCUCAAAGACCAGCCUUGGUGCACCUCCUCCAUGGACUCCCCCUGGUGGAACUUACCAGGACUACAAGAACGGAAACCUUUACAGCAACCCAUACAACAACUACUCCAGCUACCCUGCAGUUAGCGAGCACUCCUAUGAGCGGGCCAGCAUAGCAUCCCGUGCCUCACGAGCGUCAGAGGCACAGAAAAAACCAAGAAUGAUGACUCAUGUAUAGAAAUGUUGUCUGUGGGGGGUACUGCGUAUUUUUGGGUGUAGUGUGAAAAACAAGGAAACACCAAAAAAA